AUGCAUUUUCACCACGAGAUGAUUGCCUUUGAGGACGAAAUGGUGGCCGCCAUCUACACCUACGAGACACCGGAAGUCAAAUUGUCUCAGGUGAUUUUCGUCGUGGUGGCCUCGAUAUACAUCCCCCUCGUCAUCUUCUCGAACCUUCUCAUCUGCUGCAGCAUCGUGAUGUACCCCGGCUUCUACAACAGCAACAACAUGUUCAUCCUGAUGAUAGCCUGUUUCGACUUCCUGCUGGGCGCGUACACCCUUCCCCUGCAGAUCCUGUGCUACGUGGAGGAGACGAAGCAGUACAUCUCCAGGCGGAUGUUCCUGUGUUUGCUGAAGCUGGUCUCGGCCAUGGUGUCAGAAGACGGGUCCCUGUAUUUCCUGAUGCUCCUGUCCGCUGACCGUUGCCUCGCCAUAAACUUUCCCGGCAAAUACCCCGGGUGGGCCACGCUCAAGCGCGCGACCUUUCUCAGCCUCGUGGUCACAUCGUACACCAUGACUAAAGCGUCCCUCCCCGCGCUGGGCUGGAACCUCUACAACCACACACAACCCGACGCCAACCUGCAGUGCGAUUUCCACCUCACCCUCCCCGGCUCCUUCAUCCGAUGGUGCCACGCCUUCCCCAACAACGCCGCCAUCGUCGUCUCUUCCAUUAUCAACAUCCAAAUCGCGUACGUCAUUUUUCGAAAAGUUCGCUCUUUUAAAAAGGACAGCUCGUCGUGGACGCGCGAAGAGAGACGAAACUUCCGGUCGCGAAUCACGAGCGUGAAGAUCCCACUAGCCCUUAUGUUCUUCUUCACGGCCCUGCACAUCCCAUUUCUUCUUCUCCUACCGUUCAAGCUGGCCAACAUUUUCCCAAAGCAUAUAGAAGAAACGUUGAGCAUAUACUCGACUAUACUGGCUUUCGGUAACGCCAUCGUUAAAGGUCCCAUCUACGCCGUUAUACGGACAGAGUACAGGAACGUUUUCCUGGCCUUGUUGACCAACUCCCCGCUCCGGUGGAGGGAGAGUUUGCGGAAGCUCCACCGCCAGAAGAAGUUCAGCUACGUGACGUACGAAGCCGUGCCGUCAGUCGCACACAAGAAGAGCGUCCCCUUUGUGGACGUGUCGGGCGUCGUGGACCGAGACUCGGGCCUCACAGACGGGGUCAGCACCCAGUCCCCCUCCCUGGUGGGGUCGCGGGCCGGGGGUGGCACCAGUUCCAGUGACCCAGCGGGCACGUGUGUGGACGACUCAGACAAGAAACACAUGCCCAUGUCCUCGUCGGUCGACGGCAUUCAGCUGCGUGGGUAUAAAAGUAAGGAGGCGCUGGUCAGGAAGACGUCUAUACUUAGUGGAAGUGGUUCAAACAAAUGA